UUUCGGGGAGUUGCAUCACCUCUAGACUCCUGACCAAGGCGUAGACGCGGCUCAUUCCGAGGUACUCAGGCUCGGAGGCCCCUCAGGUACGCCUGGUACUGCUCGCGGAGGCUCCUCAGGUACUCCCCAUCCUGCCCGCGGGGCCCCUCAGGUCAACCUGUCCUGCACACGGGCCCCUCAGUAACAAAAUGGUUCAGCAAGUUCCAGAAAACAUCAAUUUUCCUGCUGAAGAAGAGAAAAUCUUGCAGUUUUGGUCCGACUUUAAUUGUUUUCAGGAAUGCUUAAAGCAAUCAAAACAUAGGCCAAAAUUUACCUUCUAUGAUGGGCCUCCUUUUGCAACUGGACUGCCUCACUAUGGACAUAUACUUGCAGGGACAAUUAAAGAUAUAGUUACAAGAUAUGCUCACCAGAGUGGGCUUCACGUUGACAGAAGAUUUGGAUGGGAUUGUCAUGGUUUACCUGUGGAAUAUGAAAUUGAUAAGACACUGGGAAUCAGAGGACCAGAGGAUGUAGCCAAAUUGGGGAUUGCAGAAUAUAACAGUCAGUGCCGAGCAAUUGUGAUGCGAUAUUCUACUGAGUGGAAGUCUACUAUUACCAGACUUGGCCGAUGGAUUGACUUUGACAAUGACUACAAAACUCUCUAUCCACAAUUCAUGGAAUCUGUCUGGUGGGUCUUCAAACAGCUCUAUGAUAAAGGCCUUGUUUAUAGAGGAGUGAAAGUCAUGCCCUUUUCCACCGCAUGCAAUACUCCACUUUCCAACUUUGAAUCUCACCAGAAUUACAGGGAUGUUCAAGAUCCUUCAGUAUUUGUAACUUUCCCUUUGGAAGAAGAUGAAAAUAUAUCUUUGGUUGCCUGGACAACUACUCCCUGGACUCUACCUAGUAACCUUGCCCUGUGUGUUAAUCCAGAUAUGCAGUAUGUGAAGACAAAAGAUGCUGUCAGAGGAAAAUUAUACAUUUUAAUGGAAGCCAGAUUAUCAGCCCUCUAUAAAUUGGAGAGUGACUAUGAGAUCCUUGAAAGAUUUCCUGGUGCCUAUCUCAAGGGCAAGAAAUACAGACCCCUGUUUGACUAUUUUAUACAGUGUAAAGAGAAUGGUGCUUUUACUGUGCUUGUUGACAACUAUGUGAAGGAGGAAGAAGGCACUGGGGUUGUACACCAAGCUCCUUACUUUGGUGCUGAUGACUAUCGGGUCUGUAUGGAUUUCAACAUCAUUCAGAAAGACUCUGUCCCUAUUUGCCCUGUGGAUGCUUCAGGCUGUUUCACAGGGGAAGUGACAGAUUUUGCAGGACAGUAUGUGAAGGAUGCUGACAAAAAUAUCAUCAGGACCCUAAAGGAACAAGGUCGACUUCUUGUUGCCAGCACCUUCACCCACAGCUACCCUUUCUGCUGGAGGUCAGACACUCCCCUCAUUUACAAAGCAGUGCCUAGCUGGUUCGUUCGGGUGGAGCAUAUGGUAGACCAGCUGCUGAGGAACAAUGACCUAUGUUACUGGGUCCCAGAGUUUGUGCGAGAAAAGCGAUUUGGAAAUUGGCUGAAAGAUGCACGUGACUGGGCAAUUUCCAGAAACAGAUACUGGGGCACUCCUAUCCCACUGUGGGUCAGCAAUGACUUCGAGGAGGUGGUGUGUGUUGGGUCAAUGGCAGAACUGGAAGAACUGUCAGGAGCAAAGAUCUCAGAUCUCCACAGAGAGAGCAUUGACCAUCUGACCAUUCCUUCACGCUGUGGGAAGGGAUUGUUGCAUCGCAUCUCUGAAGUGUUUGACUGUUGGUUCGAGAGUGGCAGCAUGCCCUAUGCUCAAAUUCAUUAUCCAUUUGAAAACAAGAGGGAGUUUGAGGAUGCAUUUCCUGCAGAUUUCAUUGCAGAAGGCAUUGACCAAACCAGAGGAUGGUUUUACACCCUGUUGGUGCUGGCCACAGCUCUCUUUGGACGGCCGCCAUUCAAAAAUGUGAUUGUAAAUGGGCUCGUCCUGGCAAGUGAUGGCCAAAAAAUGAGCAAACGCAAAAAGAAUUAUCCAGAUCCACUGUCAGUCAUUCAUAAAUAUGGUGCUGAUGCCCUCAGAUUAUACCUGAUUAACUCCCCUGUGGUGAGAGCAGAAAACCUCCGCUUUAAGGAGGAGGGUGUUCGAGAUGUCCUGAAGGAUGUGCUGCUACCUUGGUACAAUGCCUAUCGCUUCUUCAUCCAGAACGUCCUGAGGCUACAGAAGGAGGAAGAAAUGGAAUUCCUUUACAACGAGAACAUGGUUAAAGAAAGUACCAACAUCACAGACCGGUGGGUCCUGUCCUUUAUGCAGUCGCUCGUUGGGUUCUUUGAGACUGAAAUGGCAGCUUACAGACUCUAUACUGUGGUUCCUCGCCUGGUCAAGUUUGUGGAUGUUCUGACAAAUUGGUAUGUCAGGAUGAACCGUAGAAGAUUAAAGGGUGAAAACGGGAUAGAGGAUUGUGUCAUGGCCCUGGAGACCUUGUUUAGUGUUUUGCUUUCUCUGUGCAGACUUAUGGCCCCCUAUACCCCUUUUCUUACUGAAUUGAUGUACCAGAAUCUGAAGACGCUGAUUGACCCUGUUUCUGUCCAGGACAAGGACACAUUCAGUAUCCACUACCUCAUGCUGCCCCAUGUUCGAGAGGAAUUGAUUGACAAGAAAACCGAGAGUGCAGUAUCUAGAAUGCAGUCUGUGAUUGAACUCGGGCGAGUGAUUCGAGACCGCAAAACUAUUCCGAUAAAGUAUCCUUUGAAAGAAAUUGUAGUUAUUCAUCAGGAUCCAGAAGCUCUUAAUGAAAUUAAGUCAUUGGAGAAGUAUAUCAUUGAGGAAUUGAAUGUUCGAAAAGUUACAUUAUCUACAGAUAAAAACAAGUAUGGCAUUCGCCUAAGGGCAGAACCAGAUCACAUGGUCCUGGGGAAGCGUCUGAAGGGAGCCUUCAAGAUGGUGAUGACAUCCAUCAAGCAGCUGAGCAGUGAGGAGCUAGAGCAGUUCCAGGAGAGUGGGACCAUUGUUGUGGAAGGCCAUGAAUUGCAUGAAGAAGAUAUCCGCCUCAUGUACACCUUUGAUCAGGCAACAGGUGGAACGGCACAGUUUGAAGCACACUCAGAUGCUCAGGCUUUGGUUCUCUUAGACAUCACCCCUGACCAGUCAAUGGUGGAUGAAGGAGUGGCUCGGGAAGUCAUCAAUCGUAUCCAGAAACUUCGAAAAAAGUGCAAUCUGGUUCCAACUGAUGAAAUAACAGUUUAUUAUAAAGCAAAAUCUGAGGGAAAGUAUCUGAAUAAUGUUAUCAAAAGCCACACAGAGUUCAUAUUUGCCACCAUAAAGUCUCCUUUAAAACCAUAUCCAGUUCCUACAUCAGAUGAAAUCCUUAUUCAAGAAAAAAUGCAGUUAAAAGGGUCUGACCUGGAAAUUACACUCACCAGAGGAUCUUCCAUGCCUGGCCCUGCUUGUGCAUAUGUCAAUCUUAACAUUUGUACAGAUGGCAGUGAGCAAGGUGGAGUACUACUUCUGGAAAAUCCAAAAGGAGAUAAUAGGUUGGACCUUUUAAAGCUGAAGAGUGUUGUUACUAGCAUUUUUGGUGUAAAAAAUACAGAGCUGGCUGUCUUCCAUGGUGAAACAGAAAUAAAAAACCAAACCAACUUACUGAGUCUUAGUGGAAAAACACUUUGUGUGGCUGCAGGAUCAACUCCCUCUGUGGUCGACAGUCCUAGUACUCUUCUCUGUCAAUAUAUCAACCUACAGCUCUUGAAUGCAGACCCACAAGAGUGUUUAAUGGGAACAGUAGGCACUCUCCUGCUUGAAAAUCCACUAGGGCAGAAUGGAUUGACCCACCAAGGUCUUCUGUAUGAAACAGCCAAGGUGUUUGGCCUUCGGAGCAGGAAGCUAAAACUGUUUUUGAAUGAGGCUCAAACAGAAGAAAUUACAGAAGAAAUCCCCAUGAAGACUUUGAACACGAAGACUGUGUAUGUUUCUGUAUUACCGACUACAGGAGACUUCUAACAUUCAGUUAUCUGUGUGGUUCAGUCAACCUUUCGCUGGCAUAUACCUCUUCUCCCCUCCCUCCAACCCUGGACACACACACGGACACAGGCAUAUUGAUAUUUCCUUCAGGUGCAUGUAUAAUAUACUGCUUUUGGUCUAAAAUUGAAAUGGAAUUGAUCAAGUGACUUGAGACUUCACAGUAAUAGUCACACUUAACCGUAAAAACCUAUGUAGUCAUGUUGAGGAAAAGUUACAGUGUUACCUCAGCACUACAGAGUAUAUUUCUAUACUUGAAUUUUUAAGUAUAGAACAUAGUAGUUGUUUAAAUGGUAUAGUGUGUGUGUGUGUGUGUGUGUGUGUGCGCGCGCGCACUUGUGUGUGUGUAUAUAUAUAUAUAUAUAUAUAUAUAUAUCUGUAUCUAUCUGUCUAUCUAUCUAUCUCUCUCUCUCUAUAUAUAUAUAUAUAUAUCAUUCUAUGGCCUUUUAAAACUUAUUUGAAAUCUCUUGAAGGAAUGGACAGUGUUAUAUAUUUUUGCUACCUGGAUUUUCCUGGGUAAUUUGAUGGAAUAUUUUAAGUUUUAGUAAAUCAGAACAAUAAACUUUCUCACAGAUAAUAAA